UAUCUUCCAUGAGGUCCUAUGUGUUUAAUUUUAGACUUUGCCUGGGGUGUGAGCAGACCAUUUACCAGCUAGAGACAGAGCCAAUAGCACUGUCUACUCAGCUCUAGAACUGUGUAGUCGUCGUGGAUAUAGUUUUUACCCUUUAGGUUGAAAAUAAACUCUUAAGACAAAUACUAUUCAAAUAUGUCCAGCCAAAGGGACCGGGACAUGGAGGACAUCCAUGAGGAAGACAUUGAUGAAGAUGAUAUCCUAGCCAGCUUGUCUCCUGAGGAGCUUCAAGAACUCCAGAAAGAGAUGGACGUUUUAGCACCAGACGACAGAGUACCGCUUGGUCAGAGACAGAAGGACCAGAAGAAAGAGAAGCCAUCCGCCGACUCUGAUGAGGAAGAAGACAUUGAUGAAGAUGAUAUCCUGGCAAAAUUGUCUCCUGAGGAGCUCAAAGAGCUCCAGAAAGAGAUGGACGUUAUAGCCCCGGAUGAGAGGGUACCUGUGGGUCAGAGGCAGAAGAGCCAGACAGAGAAGGUGCCCACAGGUUCGUUUGAUCACAGGGGCCUGGUGGAUUAUCUGUACUGGGAGAAGGAGUCCAAACGCAUGCUGGAGGAGGAGAGGAUCCCCGUCACUCUACUGCCCAGUAAGAAAACUAUGGAAGAGGAUGCUGAAAAGAAAGAAAUCGCUGAAGACUUGGAGACUGUGUGUGAGGUGGUAGAAGAAGUCAUCGAGGUGGAAGCUACAGACGGUGUUGAAGGAGAGGAAGUGAUAGAGGAGAUUAUAGAGGUAAUGAUUGUGGAGGAGGAGGAGGAAGAGGAUGUGAAGAAGGAGAAAGAGGAACAGGAGACAAAGAACAUGCCCGUAAAAUAUGAAAGGGUCAUAGAAAAACAGCCAGUGAAUGAGCAUCUAAAAGAGUCACCGGAUGAUAACAGCACUAACACUGUGAACGCGACCAGUCCUCUGCAACCCCCACCAGAGUCCGCAGACAUGAAAGAAAAUAAAGACAUUGAGAGAACAGAGCAAAAGAGCACAUCACAAAUACCCGAGAAAGUAAAAAGUAACACCACAGAUGCUACCGCUCCUGAAGAAAUAGAGAUGACUCCAGAGGAGAAGAGGGCCUGUUUUGUUCCAGAGAAAGAGGUGAGGGUAAUUAACAAACUAAAUAUUCCAAAGCUGGCCCUUGGUGGGGGCCUUGGUGGCCUUGGUGGGGCCAAGAAGACAUCAAGACCCUCAGGGAAUGAGACAAACCUGGACACCACUCUGGAUAAGAUCCGCAACAACAACCCCGCUAUCACAGACGUAAACCUGAAUAACAUAGAAAACAUUCCCAAAGAAAUGCUAAUAGAAUACGUCGAUGCCUUGAAGAAGAACAAACACGUCAAGACCUUCAGCAUAGCCAACACCGGCGCAGACGAAAACAUUGCCUUCACCCUGGCCAACAUGCUGAGAGAGAACCGUAGCAUCACCACACUGAACAUAGAGUCUAACUUCAUAACAGGGAAGGGCAUUAUUGCCAUUAUCCGCUGCCUACAGUUCAACGAGACGCUCACUGAGCUCCGCUUCCACAACCAGAGACACAUGCUGGGACACCACGCGGAGAUGGAGGUGUCACGCCUGCUCAAGGCCAACAACACCCUCCUGAAGAUGGGCUACCACUUUGAGCAGGCGGGUCCCAGAAUGGUGGUAACCAACCUGCUGACCAGGAACCUGGACCGCCAGAGACAGCAGAGGAACGAGGAGCAGAGCAAGCAGCAGCAGCAGCAGCAGAAAGAGGUGUUUGAGAUGUACGAACGGGCUCUGAACCUGCCCCCAGGGCUGCUGGCGAUGCUGGGCUAUGUCCCUCCCGAAAUCGAGGCCCUCAUGCCGCAGCUUCCCAAGGGUCCCCAGGGUCCCAUGGAACCCAAACCAGAAAAGCAGCAGAACACUUCUCCACAGUAUCAACAUAAGCAGUUUAAACAAAUGCAGUGCAACCCCAUUCCACAACAACCCCCCAGCACGGACUCCUCUGGUAACCUUCUGAAGGACAUCCAGCUGAAGAGGACCCCCAAAAAGCGUGACCCUUUCCUGGACAUAGACCUUAGGGAGGACAGGAGAGCAGAGAGGCCGAAUGUCCAGCUCAGGAAGACAUCAGGAAAAACGAGGGACACAGGCGUUGAUGAGAUGGUAGAACUGAAGGCCACUCUGAAAGACGUGAUGAAGACACUGAAGCCUGUCCCUCGGAGGCGGCAGCCGGCCAAGGUGGAUGUGACGCCCCGUGAUGAACUUCUUAAUGAGAUCAAAAAGAGCAACGUGGCCUAUCUCAAAGCUGUAAACCUAUGGCAUACCUUCUCAUACCCUCUUAAUUCAAGUCUUGGUUUUAACUGAACUGCCCUUCACUGACAUGGAGGUAGGCUAUUUAAAGAGUGCAUGGUGGGUGGAGGAAUUGACCUACAAAUCUAUGGACAUAGCAGCCUAUUGCCUAAUUUUGUCUAUCAAACAGGUAGGCCUACCUUUUGUUUUUUAAAUAUGAAGAAAUUCGCUCCAACACAAACCCUUCUUGUGGUUACUAAAGUCUAAUUACAAUGAAAUGAAUUAUGCCUACGUUCAGCACCAUGAGCUGUCCAUUUCUAAUUGAUUUUUUCGCUGCUGAUGCUUCAAGUUUCAGCACCACAAUGUAAGUUGCUAUGUUAGUUACUUGAAUCUGGCUUAUUGGGAGGUCAAUAACUCUGAUAAAUAAAUCACGAGCAAGAAACAUUGUUUUUGAUAAAAAUCUAUUACAAAAUCAAUCAUCUUUAACACUCCUUUUCAAACUGAACAGAACAUAGGCUAGUCUUUUUUUAAUUAAUUUUUUAAAUUUAACCUUCAUUUAUACAGGUUUUUCUCAUUGAGAUAACAUCACUUUUCCAAGAGAGACCUGGUCCAAUAGUGGCAUGGGGAACAACGCAGCAGGGGGAAGAAGUUUGCGCACAAGGAAGAACAUUUUUGGGAUUAUCUCUAAUCAAAAAUGAUUUUAGGAAGAAGCCUUUGACUCUCCUCCUGAACUGCCACCGUAGGCCUACAUAGCGCAGCACACAAAAACGUUUUUGAUCAGCAAGAGCAGAGCAGGACGGGGCUCAGGGCUGGAAUAUCCAUUGCAGUGUGUAAUGCAGCUUAGUUGUAUUUACACCACGCCAGCAGCUAUCUUAGGAAUGUAGCUUUGCUCUGUGCUUCUAUAGGCUAUGGAUCAUUUGAUUGAGACCGCACUAAAUAGCCUAUAGGCUAUGGAUCAUUUGAUUGAGACCGCACUAAAUAGCCUAUAGGGGCACUUGAUAUUGCGCGCCCAGCAGAGAAUCAGAGAUGAGGGGCGGCAUCGGUAACACAUCAAUAUAUAGUCUAAUAAGCAACUAAUUCUAAAACACUGAGAAAUAUAUACAUUUAAUAUAUUAUAAAUUACAUAACUCUCCCCUGGACUAGUUGUAAAAAAAAAAAAAAAUGAAGUCCCCUUGACUGAAAUGUUAAAAGCAGGACCCUCCCCAUUUCCCUCCAGGUAGCUAUUCUGUACAUUUCCAUCCAUCCCUUAUACCUGUGUGCAUCCUCCACUCCUCCAAUCACAUCUUUCUCACAGCUGUUUGUGUAAUGUAUUACUCCUACAGGUGCCACUCCCCAAAGAAUUGGAAUCAAGAGAAACCAGUCUCUUCAAUCUCUGAGGAAUCUACAAUACCUUUAUUUCUGCAUUUGUUUAACAUGUUUAAUCUCUUCAUGAACAAUAAUCUGCUUGCACUUGUAACACUAGUUUGCCUCACUACUCCUGUUCAUGUAGAGCACCUUUUGUUCCUUGAGGUUUGGAAGAACUGGUAUGGUAUUUGGAUAGGAGUCUACAGCUGGAAAAUACACCAUACAAUGUGCAUAGUAUAAGUAGUCUCAAUAAUUAUGUUUGUUUGGGUAAAAUUCAUUUACUUUGAACACUCACAAAUGAGUGUGGACAAAUCCAUCAUCUAUUGAUGACAGGUCUUUCAUCUACAGAUUUUCAUAACCACUGGUGUCCGCUUUGCAAUUGCAAACAGCUGAACCCCAGAAUAUAGAGUAUAGGAUUUGUCUUUUACUGUGUAAAACACUGUGGGCCAGUGGUCCAGAAGCUAGAUUUCAAAUCAGACUUCUGUUUCACGGAACAGUCCAUCUUAACUCAUAAUUCUAACGAGUGUUGACAUUAAAAAUCAGUGUACAAUCAAAA